AUGGCGGGCGAUAACGCGGCUGCAGGCCCUGAUGAUGAUGAUGAGGAGGAGGAUGUCGAGGAGGGAGAGGAAUUAGAGGAGGGAGAGGGUCAGCAGGAAGAUGAGGAGGAAGAGGAGGUUUGUCUGACUGCGGAAUCGGCGCGUAAGAAGCUUACCGACCGCGUGUGCUGCCCGAUCUGCCUUGAGGCGCCGCACAACGCGGUGCUGCUGGUGUGCGCGUCGCUGGAGAAGGGCUGUCGCACGUUCGUGUGCGACACCAGUCACCGCCACUCCAACUGCUUCGACCACUUCCGCAAGUCGCAGCAAGCGGCGACCGUGGCGGCUGCUGUUUUUGCAGGCGCGCCUGCUGAAGCCAGAACCAGCGCCGCUGCCACCACCACCGCCGCCACCGCUGCCGCUGGUGGAGUCGGCGGGGCUGGCGACGGCGCUGGCGCAAACGGUGGCGCAAGCAGCGGGAUUGCUGCGGUGAUGCGUGGGUCUGCGGUAGGUGGCACCGCAGCAACGGGCACUGGUGCAACCGCCACUGGUUCUGCGUCCGGCUCUGCUGAAGCGCUCUCCAACGCUGCAGGCAAUUCCGAACCCGGAGGGGGUGGCGAUGAGGGCGCUCGUGGUGUUAGUCGCAGCGACAGGCUGCACCGCCAUCGCCGCCAACGACGGCGCCUGUGCCGCGCGGAUCAGCGAGGGGCGGAAGCGGAAGGGGCGGCGGAGGAGAACACGGCGACAGGGAAGGCGGAAGAGGCGGAACAGGGGGGGGCGGAAGGGGCAGGGGGAGCGGGAGAGGAGGCGGUGACGGGCGUGCGAGAAGUGAGGUUUAGUGCGGAAGACAAGGGCAAGCGGGUAGUUAGCGAGGGCUCUGCGGGUGGCAGGUCUAAGGGGUCGAAGCGGAGGGGGGAAGCGGCUCGGCGUCGCGUGGACGACGGCGGGCUUCGCGGCGUGAGCCGGCCGUUCCUUCGGGCGCUCGGACGGGGUCAGCUGCUGCUCCUGACGGCGGGCGAGACAGUCGAGAGCAUGGGGGAGGGCGCAGGAGAAGGAAAAGGUGGGGAUGAGGCGCAAGUUGAGAGGGCAGGGAAGGGAACGGCGAAGGAGGAUAUUGGCAAGGCGAGGAGGAGCGAGACGAGCGUGAUCUGCAACCACACUCAUCAUACUCCGCUUAGUCACUUGGCGCACGGGUCCCGUGACGCGCAGGAGGGUAUGGCGGGGAAGGUGGGGAAGGCGGGGAAGGCGGGGAAGGCGGGGAAGCGGAGCAGGAAGCGCGGGCGCUGCCACGGGGCGCAUGACACCACAGCGUGUUUCACGGGCGGGGAGCUGCACGGGCUGUGCUUCUCGCGCGUGCCUGCCGCGGAGUCCGCGUCCCUGCGCUGCCCCAUGUGCCGCUGCCCCGUGCUGGGGUGGUUCGUGCAUAAGGACGUGCGCGCGCUGCUCAACGCCGUUCCGCGCGCGUGCGCGCAUGAGAACUGCGCGUUCGCCGGCGCGUACCCCGCCCUCCGCGCGCACGCGCGCUCCGCGCACGCGCAGGCGCGCCCGCCCGCGGAGGCGGACCCGGCGCGCGUGCGCCAGUGGCGGAGGCUGCAGAGCCAGCAGGAGGUCGGGGACGUGGUGAGCAGCAUCCGCGCCGCCAUGCCAGGAGCUACUAUAAUAGGCGACUAUGUGAUAGGCGGCGAUAGUGAUGAUGAGGACGAUUUGCUGGGCGGGUUUGGCGGGUUGGGGGGUCUUGACGGGGGCCGCUUUGGCGCAGGGGGGUUGUAUGGCGGAGGCAGGUUCUGGGGAGGCGCGGGCGGCAGGGGAGGCUUGGGAAGGCAGGGGUUGAGGGGGAUGGGGGGAACGCUAGCGGGGUUCAAUGCGGGGGGACUGGGCGAUCCGUUCGGUGUGGGGGGAUUGGGGGGAAUUGAGGGGGGAGGGGCGAUGGGGGCGGCUGGGAGGAGGGCUGCUGCGCGGCUGUUUGGGUUUGAGCGGGCGAGAGAGGGGCUAGGUGCGGGUGGGGUGGGGAGUGGUCGAACGGGGGAGAGGGGGGGGUUUGGGCGGUUGCGGUUUAGCAGUGGUGGGGCGGGAGGGGGAGACGAGGGGGAGGAAGAGAGGCGGAAUGCAUUAGCAGAGGCCAGGGCGAGGGAGUGGAGGCGGAGGGCUCGGUUAGCGGGGAGGCGGGGGAGAGGAGGGGAUGCUGGAUGGGAGAUAGACGGUGGCGGAUGGGGAGAGGAGGUAGAGGAGGAGGAUGGGGAGGAAGGGGAAGAGGGUGAGGGGGGGAGGGGGAUUCGAGCAGCAGCAGCAGCAAGAGCAGCUGCAAGAGUGAGAGCUGCAGCGAGGGCUGCACUGGAGGAAGGGGAGGAGGAGGAAGGCGAAGCAGAGGAGGAACGAGACGAGGAAGAAGAGGAGGCGGAGGAGGAGGAGGAAGAGGAAGAGGAGGAGGAAGAGGAGGAGAACGAGGAUAUGGAUUUCCCUGGGGACAAUGGGUCCCUGUGGACAGCCAUGCUGCUGCUGACUGCAGGCAGUGGCUCCUCUGUGUGGAACCCUCCCCUCUUCUCCUCCGCGCCCAUCUUUGCCCGCAGGCGCCCUGCCCUUGCCGCUGCCGCUGCUGCUGCUGCUGCUGCUGCUCCUCCCGCCCUGCCCGCCCACACCCGCCGCAGCCUCCUCAGCACCCUCCCUGCCCCGCGCAGGGGGGGCAGAGAGAGGGACGGGGAGAGGGAGCCGGACGGGGAGGAGGGGAGGGAGGCGAGGAGAGGGAGGGGAGAGGCGGGUGAGGAGGCGGCGAGUGGAGAUGCUUUUGUGCGUGGUGGGAGGGAGAGGGAGAGAGGUGAGGGGGGCCGAGGGGAGGAGGGCCGAGGCGAAGAGAGAGCGGCAGAGGAGAGGGCGUUGGCCCGUACAAUGGGGAUCAGGCAGCGGUUGGAGGAGCUGGAGGCAAGGCUCAUGCUCAGCAGUGCGGUUGUAUCCGCAGCAGCUGCUGCUGGUGGCGCUGCUGGUGGCGCUGGUGGUGGUGCUGGUGGUGGUGCUGGCGGUGCAGCUGGUGGUGCUGCUGGUGCACGUGCUCUGGGUGGUGCUGGGUCGCGACCGAGGUCGACGGGACUUGCUGCACAUGGCAAUGGCAACAGCAGCAGCAGCGGUGGCCGAGUGGGGCGUGCUCUGAACUUGGCAUUGGAGCGAGCAAGGCGAGAUAGGGAGAGGGUGGAGGAGGCUAUGAGACAGGCUGAACGGGUCCGGUGGGGAGAGGCAGCAGGACUGGUGGGAGCGGGGCCAGGAGCAAGUGUGGGAGGAGGGGAAGGAGGAGGCGGAGUAGGAGUAGGAGGAGGAAGGAGAGGAAGGGUGGGGAGGCCUCAGCAGUUCCGGAGCAUGCUGCUUGGUGGGGAUUGUGGUGUGGCCGAAGGUGGGGUGGCGGCACGGCGAGGCGAUGAGGAGGAGGUGGUGGAGGUAGAGGAGGAAGAGGAGGUUGAGGAGGUGAAGGAUUGUGAUGAGGAAGAAGGUGGUCGUAGCACCAAUGCGAGUGGUGCUGCGGGCAUUGCUGUGCCUGCUUCUCCUGCUGCUGCCGCUGCUGCUACUGCCGCUGCUGCUGCUGGUGGUGCUGGUGCUGGUUCUCCCAUCGUUCCCAGCACGUCGCGUGUGCUCCGGUCUGCACCACGUGCUGCUGCAGCAGCUGCAGCCACUGAACCAGCCGCAGCUGCUGCAUCUCCCCUGUCUGUCCCUCCACUGCCAUCUCGUGCUCCCGCGCGUGCAGUCAGGGCGACAGGUUUGUCCUCUGCGCGUGUCAUCACGCCCAACCCUCCCAUCCUUGCCACUGCCACCAGGCUCAGGGUGCAAGGGGUCCCACCCAGGACAUUCGACGAGUACGAUUACCUCGAGAAGACUGUGGAACGCGCAGCAGCUGGCGAGGAUGCGUAUGCCUCUCCGACGGGUCGCGACAUGAACGGCGGUGGUUCUGUGCGACGGUCGACGGAGUUCGACGACGACGCUUAUCAGCGAUGUCGCACGGGGUCCAAGCGACGCUCCACGAGCUUUCAUGACGAUGGCGACGUCGGCUACGGCGACGACUACGGCGCGUAUGGCGACGAGGAGAACGGCGACGUCGGCGACGAGAAGGAGGGCGAUCGCAUCAAGCGCGUGCGACGCUACGAGGAGCCGAGAUCGCUCAGUCGCGACACAGAGAGAAGCCACAGAAGCCGGGAGCGCGACCGAGAGAGGGAUGACGACCGCGACGUAGAUCGGAACCUGGACCGCUACUAUCGGAGCAGGGACAGCGAACGAGACCGCGAUAACUGCUACAGCAGCCGUGGAAGGGAUCGUGACUGGAGGCGAGACUAUGGCAGGGACCGGCGCCGCGAUCGUGACCGGGAUUACUACGACCGACGGAGCUCUCGUGAGCGGCGGGAGAGGUGUGAAAAGGAGGCGGAGGUCGCGCCUGAUUUGGAGAGAGACCUUCGCACCGUCUUCGCCUAUCAGAUCAACCUCAAGGCGGACGAGCGCGACGUGUACGAGUUCUUCUCGCAGGCGGGCAAGGUGCGCGACGUGCGCCUCAUCAUGGACCGUUACUCGCGCCGCUCCAAAGGCGUGGGUUACAUCGAGUUCUACGACCCCAUGGCCGUGCCCAUGGCGCUCGCGCUCUCCGGGCAGAUGCUGCUGGGGACGCCCAUCAUGGUGAAGCCGUCUGAGGCGGAGAAGAACCUCGCUGCAGCGCAGAGCGCGGCGAGUGCUGCUGCCGCUGGGAGAGCGGGGCUGCUGGCGACUGGGUCGAAGCGGCUGCACGUGGGGAACCUGCACGUGAACAUGAACGAGGGGCAGCUGCGACAGGUGUUUGAGCCGUUUGGGGAGCUGGAGGUGGUGGAGGUGCCCAUGGAGCCAGGCUCGGCUCAGUGCAAGGGAUUUGGCUUCGUGCAGUACACACGCCUGGAGGAUGCGCGUAUGGCACACCAGAACCUGGAAGGGCUUGAGCUGGCAGGGCUCGCAAUCAAGAUCACGCCUGUGCCGGAGGUGAUGGACCCAGUGACGCCAGGGGAGCUUAUCGACGACCGAGGCGGUCUGGCACUUGACGCACAGACCAGGGCAGCUCUCAUGCUCAAGCUAGACCGCACAGGGACCAGUCUUUGCUCCUUCCCCAUACACCUUCUGUGCAGUGCUGCUGCCGCUGCAGCAGGGCUGCCAGGAGCAGCAGCAGCAAUGGCUCUGCGCCCUGGCAUGCUACCGACAGUGCCCGUUACUACUGCUGCAGGCGCCACCACAGCAGGGGUUCUCCCUCGCGUCCCAACAGCACCAGCAGCACCCGCAGUGGAGAUUGGAACUCCCAGCGAGUUUGUGCUGUUGACUAACAUGUUUGACUCUUCAGAGAAGGUGCGCCAUGGGCUGGGUACUAGCAUGUUUCGUUUGUGUUCGGCUGCUCCUUGUUUUGUUCCGACCUUUUGCCCCUCCUACAAGCCCCGCCUGUUUUUGCAAGCUAUCGCUAGAAGUAGAGCUGCCUCGCACCUGCCCCUUCACUCAUCCCAUUUCGUCUCGCUGUCCCCCCCGUGCAAGUAG